AUGGCCGAUAUUGUCAGUGGUCCCCAAGCGCGUAUCCAGAAGUCAGGAGAAAGAACAGUGGCUGACUGCAGUCCAACACAGGAAGAGCGCAAGCCGCGCAAGUCGGUCGCCUUCAGCGAGGGCACCACCAUCGUCGACAGCAACGGCCAGGUCACCGAAGCCACCGAGCAACAUGGCGACAAGUCGAGCGCCGAGACUCACUCUGCCGGUACGAACAAGAAGCUCCCCGCAGCCAGACAAGCACAAGAAGAGGACACCAGCUCACCACCCGCGACACCCACAGAAGGAGGCGUCGACGAGAUGACCGCCAUGUUCGAGGGCCUCGCCAAGAAGAAGAAGAAGUCGUCAUCCAAGAAGGAAAAGUCGGCCGACGACGCAGAGGCUCCCGCCGCCGACGCCGAAUUCGACCCCUCGGCCCUCAAGAAGAAGAAGAAGAAGGCCAAGAAGACCGAGGCCGACGACUUUGAGGCCAAGCUGGCCGAGGCCGGCGCCAACGAAGAGGCCAACGACGACGAGCCCGUCGUGCAACAGUCCACCAGCCAGGAGGGCGAUCUGGAAAAGGGAACCGGCAUCUGGCAGCACAGCAACACCACACCCAUCGAGUACCCUCUGCUGCUCACUCGCUUCUUCUCCCAACUCAACCACCACAACCCCGACCUUGCCUCUAGCGGCGGCAAGUCGUACAAGAUCCCUCCUCCUCAGUGCUUGCGUGAAGGAAACAAGAAGACCAUUUUUGCCAACAUUUCCGAAAUCUGUCGCCGUAUGAAGAGAACCGACGAGCACGUCACCCAGUUCCUCUUCUCCGAAUUGGGUACCUCUGGUUCCGUCGCCGGUCAGGGUCAACUCGUCAUCAAGGGUCGUUUCCAGCAGAAGCAGUUGGAGAACGUUUUGAGAAGAUAUAUUGGUGCGUUUCUAUCCCUUUUCUCCCUUCGAGCCAUCAUUUUUUGUGCAUUUCUGUUAUCUACUACAAAAAAAAUACCCAAGAAGCUAACAAAUACCAAACANGUCGAGUACGUUACUUGCAAGACCUGCCGCUCGCCAGACACGGAGCUCAACAAGGGUGAGAACCGUCUCUACUUCGUCACCUGCAACUCGUGCGGUUCCAGACGUUCCGUCUCUGCCAUCAAGACCGGUUUCUCGGCCCAGAUCGGCAAGCGCAGAAGACAACAAGCUUAA